AUAAUUCCCCGACGAAUAAAGCAAACGUAAUGAAACUAAAAUAAAAAGAGAAGAGACGUGAAGAGAAGAAGUGCACUUUUACUAGUUUCACAAAAAGGCUCUGCUUCAUCCCUGCCAAAAUAGACACCCACCGUCUACGGUCUAUUUCCACUAUCGCGCCGCCGUUUCUAUUCGAAACUGAUUCGCCAGUGAGUUUGAUUACAUGAGAGAACAAAUCAUAAGCUCAUGGAUAGAACCAGAGAAUCUAGAAGAUCAUCCAUGGCACCUUCUAUCAAUGGAUUUCCCAAACGCACACAUCGAAAUAUUCCUCUCAGAGAUUCUUCCGAGGAAGGAGCUGUCGAGUUGAGAGAAGCUUCGAGUAAGAGAGAAACGAAUCGGUAUGGAGAUAGGGAUUCGUCAAACAGGAGCAAGAGGAGGAGAGACUCUCACUCUCACAGAGACGAAAGCGAACAAAGCACCGAAGAGAGUAUCGGAAAUGAACAAGACGACGACGUUCGAGAUGCUGGUUUAUUUCGGAUCCGUUCCUCCAAUACCACGCUUUUUGUUUCCGAUCAAAACCAUCGCCGGAGUUUCACGCCGGCGAAGCUUCCGCCGUUCAAUAGAAACGAUGAGAUGAUCGGCGUCGCAGUUCCAAGGAAAGCUCGUUCAGCUUCUGUGAAAAGGUCACACGAUAGUUGGAUCUCCGGGGCCGGUGGAGGAGAGGAGCUGAGUUUCCGGAGACGAUUGAAUUCUCCGGGAAGAGAAAGUGUUGAACCAUCGGCCUUGGCUUCUUUGAGUGUUUCUGCUAAGCAGACGAAGAAAGGGAUUGGAGCUGUUGCUAAGAUAUCAAAAUCUUCUUCUUCAGACAUGGAGAUUGAGAUAGCAGAGCUUUUAUACGGUUUGAUGACUUCCAAGAACCAUGAGUCUUCAUCCCAAAAGCUUGAAACAACCAUCAAUCACAACACCUCCACGGAUGCUGCUGAUAAGAAAAAAUCAGAAGACUACAAUUCUACUGAAGAGUUGGUCAGAAUUCAGAGUGAGCAACCUGCUGAUGUGGCCUGCCAUGAAAAUGGAUUAUCAGAAGUUACAAAAGAGGACAUUGGGGAAGACAAAGUGAAUUCCUGGGUGGGAUUUGGUGGUGCUUCAGCUGAUGGAAGACCUUUAUCCACCACACGGGGGUCGCAAUCAUGUUCCAAGUUGGAUGCUGAUAAACAGGAUUCAGCAUCUACCAUAGUGAUGUCUACUGUCCCGGAGGAUAAAACCCUGAGAGCAGGCAAGUUUGAGAUAGAUUUGAUGGCUCCUCCUCCUACGAUGCUGUCUCCAGAAGGAGAUGACCCGUCACGGGGUGAUUUAACAUCAGAAACUAAAAAUUUGGCACCAAUCAUGGAAAUGAAGAGGGAGGAUAAUAUCAAGGUUGAAGACAAGGUGGAAAGAACAGUUACAGUAGAGAAAAUUUCGGAAGAAAUUGAAGAAGCAGCAAAGAUGGUUGCAUUUAAGGAGAAGUUGGAUGGGCUAAAACAUUAUUUGGAGAUGCCAAAAAAUGACAAUGACAUAAAGACAAACAAUAAAUUAGAAGAGCAGGAUAGGAAUAAGGAACAACCUACUGCAUUGUCAAAUACGAAAGUGGAGAAAAUUGCUCAUUCUAGUUCGGUGCCUCUAUCAGCAGCUGUAUCAGGACCACCGGGCAGUGUCCCUCCUAUUGGGUCAAUAACUAUGAUUGGCAGAAACAUGCCACCCAUGCAGACAAUUCGGAAGGCGAAUGAAACUACAGGAUCAUCCACAACAACACAGUAUGGUGAACAAUUCCUUCAUAAUUCAAACCUGCAGCAUGUGAAUUUUGGUCUCUCUCAACCACAACCAAAGAAAUGUGCAACCCAUUAUUACAUUGCUCGUAGCAUCCUACACCAGCAGUUCACAAAGACGGACCUCCUUUUGCCAGCAGCUAUUGGCUCUGGUACACUUAGUGCCACAAAACUCAACGUCAACUGUGCUCCAUCUGCAGAACGUAUGGUCGUUAGCAAGCAAUCUCAAAAACACUUGCUGGGUUUAGACCUAAGCGGUACACAAGAUAAGGAGUUGGAUGCCACAUGUGAUCAAAAUCUCACUGCAACUAAAAGUUCUAAUAAUGUCAAUCCAGUGGAUUCAACACAUAGGAUGCAGUUUGUGCUACAACAAGGCCCACACCCUGGGUCAACUGAGAAUCUAGUGCAUGGUCCUGCUUUCCUAUUUUCUCCUGCCAAUUAUCAAGCAUCAGUUGCAACAGCUACUAAUCAGGCAGGAGGUGUGGAUUCUCCCAACAAUGCUUCCUCAUAUAGUAGGUCCCAGAGUUCAGUUGCUGGAUCUCCUUGUACCUCCUCAACUUUGCCAGCAGCUGCUACUGCAAUGAGCUUUAGCUACCAUCAGUUUUUGGCCAAUAAUUCUCCUUAUGCAACAAUAGUUCACAAUAACGGGUAUUCAUUCCCUAUUUCAACUACUUCUCUUGGAGCAACUGCAGCAAUCAGAGGUGCAAGCCCAGCACAAGCAACACAUAUACUCAGCGGGCCUUUGUACUCUUCUCAAAUAUUCCAUCCUCUUCAGUAUCCACAACAGCACUCUCGCUCUCAAGCGCAAGUGCAACCAAGUUAUCUUACUGCACAGCUAUCAAGUAGUUCAUCAUCUCAUAUGCAGCAGUCACAUGGUGGUGCACAAGUGAAUGGUAAUAAUAAUAUCUUGACUUCUACAACUGCGGAACAACAGUCACAAAAGCAACAGACUCCACAGUCUCAUUCUCACCAGCAAGAGACUGUGGUGAGUGUAAAGAAUACACCAUCUGUUACUAAUCUAACAUCUUACCCCUUAAAGAAUUUGCAAGGGCAGAACUUUACAAUUCCAGUUCAGCCAGUGAACUUUUCUUUCAAGCCAUGUGCAACAUCUGAUAAUGUUGUUCGCAACAGUGGAAGUUUUGGUGACAAGCAGCAACCAGCUUUAAAGGGGGGAGUUGAGAUUAUACCAUCUCAAGCAUUUGCAGUAUCACUUGCUGCAUUUAAUGGAGCCAAUCUUCCUUCAAACCUCAACUUCUCAUCCAUGAAACAGAACCCACUGGUAAUUCAAAGCCUGCCUGAUGUUGCAAAGCAAGGAUAUCAAGCUGCAAGUACACCUCACAUUGUUCAGCAGCAGACUUAUUCGAUUACUGGAGAAAAGAGAGGAAAUUCCUCCCACCAAGAUGAUGAAAAGAAAACCAUUCAUGGUAAGUCGUCAACUAAUGGGCCAACAACCCUUGUUUUUGAUAACUCGUCAAAGAAUAUUAACUUUGUGCUAUCUCCUUCCAAUGGAAACUGGCCUAGUCACUCCAUUGUUUCAACUGUGAUGACAACCAUGCCUUUUUCCAGUAAUACUUCAAGUUCUCAACCGUCAUCACAAUUGCUUCAGCUUCAGAAGCAGCAUGGUAUGCAACCUGCCACGGCUACUCGAAAUAAAGCUUCAUCCACCAAUACUGCUUCUGCCAUGAAAUUUGCAAACAAUGGCCCUGUUUUCUCACAAAGUCAUGUUCAAUGCAAAAGUUCUAACCAAACUUCUCACUCUAAGAUCAACACAACAGGUUCUCAUGUUCAUCACACAUCUAGUAUAACAUCCAAGACUCCAAGCACCAAAAAAAUUUCACAGGGUCAUAUGCAAAUUUCUUUUGGGGGAGAUUACACGACUUCUCUGCCAUCCCAAGGGCCACAACUCAGUAACAACCACCCUUUGUGUACAACAGCAGGAGGAACUCUAUUUAAUGGGGGAAGCUUGAAACCAAACUCGGAAGGUUGGAAAGUCGAUUCGUCAGCGAACACUUCACAGUUACAACCAACUGAGAAUUCUUCUUCUGGGAGUGGCCAAAAAUCUUCUCCAGUUUGUGGGAGAAAUGUUCCAUCAAUCUUAAGCUCAUGUCCCAGCCACCUAUCUGAGAUGAAGUAAUAGAAAUCAGAAUUUAUCCUAUACCAAGGCAGAAUAAAUUCUCUCCAAUUCUACUCAUAAUCUUUUGUAAUCAGCAUAUAAUCUGGAGGGUUUUGCAGCUACCGCUUCAUGUUCAAGCUGCAGUUGUUGGAUCUGUUACCGUCUUUGUGGUGGUUCUCCACAUUCAUUAAGGUCACAAGUCAAUUUGAAGGAAAAAGUUAAUGUAUAGCUUAUAUCACAUUGGUGAAAGGUACGAGGGUUUUGUUGCUGGUCAUAGCAGCCUUGUCCUAGAGCUUUACUUGCCGUUCUUUUCUAGGUGGCAAUGAUAUAUGAUUAUAUGAGAGGUGUAAAGGCAAGGCAAUGUUGAUGUCGGAUGCUCUCAUCUGAAAUUCAAUGUGGUGAUAGGACGUAUGUUAAGGAAGUUGACAAAGAAAUGUUGUGGAUAAUGAAAGGAAGUUGGGAUCUAUUAGGCCUGCAAUUUUGAAAAAGUAGGGACCGCUUACUAUAUUGUCAUAUUUCUUGGUAGGGUUCUACAUUCUAGUGGGGUAUAAUUAUAUUGACAUAUAAAAGCAAUUCUAUUAAUAUGUACAUAUAUGAUUUUUUUGUUUCCCACAAGAGAUGUACUUAUAUUCAUUUUUUAAUGAAAAAACUGCAAUUAUUUAUCAUUUUUGUUG